AUGGCAGCCAGGCAUGGGUGGUGGCUGGGCUCAGCUGGUGUUCCUCUGCUCUCGAGGAGCUGCAGGGCAGCCCACUCGGGCUCUGGAGUCUCCCUCAAGCGGGAGUAUGACGCGGUUGUGAUCGGAGCAGGACACAACGGACUGGUGGCUGCUGCCUACCUGCAGAAGGGGGGGUUGAAAACAGCAGUGCUCGAGAGAAGACACCUUGUUGGUGGUGCAGCAGUGACAGAAGAGAUUAUCCCAGGUUUUCACUUCUCCAGAGCUUCUUACUUGCUCAGUUUGCUGAGACCUCAGAUUUACACAGAGCUUGAGUUAAAGAAACAUGGCUUAAAAGUGCUUCUCCGUGACCCUUACUCCUUCACCCCAUUGCUGGAGGAAGGCCAGGAUGGCAAAGCCCCCCGCUCUCUGUUGCUGGGGAACAACUUGGCUGAGACACAGAGCCAGAUUGCUCAAUUCUCUGUAAAGGAUGCCCAGGCCUUUCCCAAAUAUGAGGCAUUCAUGAGCCGCUUGGUGUCAGCCAUAGACCCUCUGCUUGAUACCUGCCCUGUGGACAUGGCUCUGCUCAGCCAGGGCUCCCUGCUUCAGCGGUUCAGGGCUUUGCGAGAUCUGCAGAAACUGUUUCGUGCCGGCUUUGCUCUAGGAAAACAGUUCCCCCAAUAUUAUGAAGUCCUCACAGCACCGAUUUCCAAGAUCUUGAAUUUCUGGUUUGAGUCUGAGCCCUUGAAAGCUACGUUGGCAACAGAUGCAGUUAUUGGUGCCAUGGCUGGUCCGCACACGCCAGGCAGUGGGUAUGUGCUGCUGCACCACGUGAUGGGCGAGCUGGAGGGGCGCCAGGGGGCCUGGGGCUACGUGGCCGGUGGCAUGGGUGCUCUUUCCCAAGCGCUGGCCUGUGCCGCGACUGCGCUCGGGGCUGAGAUCUUCACUGAGAAGGCGGUUGCCCAGAUUCUUCUGAGUCCUGAUAGGAAGGUGCAAGGUGUUUGCCUCCAAGAUGGAACUGAAGUAAAGAGCUGCUUGGUGCUGUCCAAUGCAUCUCCACAGCUCACCUUUCUAGAAUUAACUCCUCAGGAGCAACUGCCAUUGGAGUUUAUCCAGAGAAUCUCACAAUUUGACACACGCUCUCCGGUCACCAAGAUCAAUGUGGCUGUGGAUCGGUUGCCCAGUUUCCUAGCAGCCCCAAAUGCCCCUGAUGGCCACCCCUCGCCCCACCAUCAGUGCUCCAUCCACCUCAAUUGUGAAGAGAUGCAUACCUUGCACCAGGCCUUUGAAGACGCCUGCUCUGGGAAGCCAUCCAGCAGGCCCAUGAUCGAACUGUGUAUUCCAUCUGCCCUGGAUCCUACACUGGCUCCCCCAGGCUGCCAUGUGGUCUCUCUCUUCACCCAGUAUACCCCCUACACGUUGGCGGCAGGGAAGCCGUGGGAUGACCGGGAGCGCGAGGGCUACGCUGACCGAGUAUUUGAUUGCGUUGAAGCCUAUGCACCUGGAUUCAAGGCCUCUGUCAUUGGCAGGGAUGUCCUAACACCUCCAGACCUUGAGCGGAUUUUUGGCCUACCUGGCGGGAACAUAUUUCACGGGGCAAUGUCUUUAGAUCAGCUCUACUUUGCCCGGCCAGCGCCUUCCUCCUCCAGCUACCGGUCUCCAAUCCAAGGCCUGUAUCUCUGCGGAAGCGGUGCUCAUCCUGGAGGAGGUGUGAUGGGAGCAGCAGGGUGCAAUGCUGCCAGAACAGCCGUGGAAGAUUUCAAGAACCUGCGACCCAGGAGGACCAGGUAGCUGCUUUGGGUCAGAAAGAGGGACUCCUCCAGUUUGCAGACUCGGUGCUCUGCCAGCUGGGUGCCCGCAUCUGGAAGCCGCUCUGCUGUGUACUGUCUCUGGAGCUGGUUCUCGAGAGCCUUUCCAAUGCUCCUCAUCCCCAAGGCGUGGCACAGAGCCAGAGCAGGGCAGUGAUCUGCAGUCAAACAACAACAUGCCAUAAGGACAUUAGCGCUGCUCUUGUUGCCAGUCCAGUGCCAGCUUGAUCCACCAUUUAGCAAUUCCUUAGGCCAUGUUACUCUUCACAGUGGAGUUGUGCAAAGGCUCUGGAGACAGCUGCAUCCGUGGACUAGUUGGGGAAUGGAACCUCGCUGCAAGAAGGAGAGCAAAGCUGGGAAUGAGUGGGGAGCCUGAAUCCUGUGCGGCAGCCCACUCUUGAGCUGCUGGUGAAGCUAGGAAGAGGGGUUGCACUGGCUGAGAAUGCUCCGCACAUGUCGGCAUCCCUUUCUGAAAGCCCCCAGCUGUGCCGGGCAGGGCACCUUGCUUUUGGCAAGCAAGGCUUGAGGCUCCAAGCAAGCCGCCUCUGAGAAGCAGCACAAAGACUGGCUCCUCCGUGAUCCUGCAGCUCCAGAAGUGAGGCCGGGUUCUCAUUGUGUCACCUCAGCAAAGGGGCAAGGAGAUUCUGCUGCCACUCAUGUCAUCUGACCUUGUGCUCCCCAUCCAAAGCUGGACAUGCCUGACUGAGCCCCAGUCCAAAUGAGACAUAUUUCUCACUAGCAAAGAACAGCUGCUUCCAAACACCCUGCUGCAGUUCGGCUGCAAAUCCAGCUCGGAAGUGGCUGGGAGCCAGCUACCCUCGCCCGAGCAGGGUCCUUGCUGGGCUUUAUGUGCAGGGUAGUCUGAUUCAUGAAUCAGCUGAGCCGGAGCACUUGGCGUUAAUCCAUUUCCAUUCCAUUGAAACCAAUGGGAAUAAAUCAGCUUAUAUCUAAAUACUCCAUUUUAAUUGGCGUGUGGACUGCAGCCAAAGUGUGUUGACACAAGGAAAAUCGAUAGCUAACUUUCCUCCCUCGCUAUGAUGGAUUGAUUUCACGUGACAAAAUGAUUGUUAAAUCAUUGCUACCUGAAUGUUUAGAAAAUGUAUCUCUGAAGAUUAAAGAGUUUUUAAAAAACU